CUUUCUUCUGUAAGAUACUCUUGGUCAAAUAGUUUGUGGCUAGCCUGGUCUACAGGAGACCCAGUCUCAAAAACAAAACAAAAUAAGUGCAAUCAAGGCCUGUAAUCCUAACACUUAGGGUGUCAAGGUGGUAGGCCUGAAAAUUCAAGGCCAGCCUGGAUAGAUGGUGAGACUCUGUCUCAAAAUAUCCAAAAUCCAGGGAGCUGGGCGUGUAGUGGGAGUCGAGCUUGGCAGUUCCCAAGACUUGAGUUCAAUCCAGCAUUACCACCCCUGAAAAAGAACCCAUUGCCUGAGCUGGGAAACUGUUGGCCCCUGCUUCCUCCAAUCCUGAUGUUGUUGUUGUUCACAAACACCCUGGGAAGUUUUUCUUUCUUCUUCGGCUCAUCUUGCUAAUCCCUCACCAGACUUGCUAAGGAGAACAUCUCGCUUCCUUUCUUUCUGCUCAUUCCCCACCUCUCACCAGGAUGAUGGGGCUGCACUGGGGCUUGGCAUAGAGAUCUGUGGAAAAUGAAAGGGCUGAAGCUGUGUAUGGGGAGAGAAGAAAAAGGAGCAUCAGGGCUGUAGAGGUGGCUCAGCCAUUGAGAGCAUGUGCUACUCUCCCGGAGGACCUGAAUUCAGUUUCCAUUAUCUACAGGCAGUUCACAACUACCUGUGACUCCAGGUCCAGGGCAUCCAAUGCCUUGCUCUGGGGCACUCAUGUGCACCCAUCCCCAUCCCCAAAUAACUAAAAAUAGAAUCUUUGAAUUAAAAGAAAGGAAAUGUAGUAUGGGUUUCUCACCCCUCUUUGAGCAGCUCGGCUUCCUGCACUGCCCGCCCCCCAUCCCCACCCCACCCCCAGCCUUGUUUGACAUAUUCAACUUCCUGCCCCACCAGAGGAAGUGGGGAGCAACACCAGGUGCAGAGACAACCAGCCGAGCCAUGGACAAGGAGUACGUGGGCUUUGCUGCACUCCCCAACCAGUUACACCGCAAAUCUGUCAAGAAGGGAUUUGACUUCACACUCAUGGUGGCAGGGGAGUCAGGCCUCGGGAAAUCCACCCUCAUCAACAGCUUGUUCCUCACCAACCUCUACGAGGAUCGGCAGGUGCCAGAUGCCAGUGCACGCGCCACACAAACUCUGAGCAUUGAGCGCCGAGGUGUGGAGAUCGAGGAAGGAGGUAUCAAGGUGAAGCUGACCUUGGUGGACACGCCUGGCUUUGGGGACUCUGUGGACUGCUCAGACUGCUGGCUGCCAGUGGUCCGAUUCAUUGAGGAGCAAUUUGAGCAAUACCUCCGGGACGAGAGCGGCCUCAACAGGAAGAACAUCCAGGACUCCAGAGUCCACUGCUGCCUCUACUUCAUCUCUCCCUUCGGCAGAGGGCUCCGGCCCCUGGAUGUGGCUUUCCUCCGGGCAGUGCACGAAAAGGUCAAUAUUAUCCCAGUCAUCGGCAAAGCAGAUGCCCUGAUGCCUCGGGAGACUCAGGUCCUCAAGCAGAAGAUCCGGGACCAGUUGAAGGAGGAGGAGAUCAACAUCUACCAGUUCCCAGAAUGUGACUCUGAUGAGGAUGAAGAUUUCAAGAAGCAGAAUGAAGAGAUGAAGGGAAGCAUCCCUUUCGCGGUCGUUGGUUCCUGUGAAGUGGUGAGGGAUGGCGGAACCCGGCCAGUGAGGGGACGCCGCUACUCCUGGGGUACCGUGGAGGUGGAGAACCCACAUCACUGCGAUUUCCUAAACCUGAGGCGGAUGCUGGUACAGACCCAUCUUCAGGACUUGAAAGAAGUGACCCACGAUCUGCUCUACGAGGGCUAUCGGGCUCGCUGCCUACAGAGUCUGGCUCGACCUGGGGCUCGGGAUCGAGCCAGCCGCAGCAAGCUUUCCCGGCAGAGUGCCACAGAGAUCCCGCUGCCCAUGCUGCCUCUGGCUGACACUGAGAAGUUGAUUCGCGAGAAAGACGAAGAGCUGCGCCGCAUGCAAGAAAUGCUGGAGAAGAUGCAAGCUCAGAUGCAGCAGAGCCAGACUCAGGGCGAGCAGUCAGACUCACUGUGAGACCCUCACCGCCGCCCGUCUGCUCGCAGCCAAUCUCCGGUCCCAUCCCUGCUCUAAACUGUCCAGCGUCCAAUCCGGAGACCCAGAGGGUAGGCCCGCCCUUGCAUUUGAAACAGGUCCCUCCAAUCCGGAAGUUUGUAGCCCCGCCCAAAUCUACCUUCCGUGCUGUUCUGAGAGGACCGCCCUCUGACUCCUGAAGGCAGGUUCCACUUGGGGUAUCCCUGUUCCUCUAAGUUCUCCAUAUAAUAAAAACUGC